AUGCAGCUGCAAGCUGUACUCGACGCUGCAUCGCUUAAACCCUUGACACGCGCUCUCACCUGCCUAUCAAGAUACGGAGAUGAAGUGACUGUGUAUGGGACACCUGAGGGACUGUCACUCUCGGCCACGAACUCUUCCAAGUCAGCUUACUGCCGUUUUCGCUACGAGAAGGCCUUCUUUUCGAGGUAUAAUAUCGGCGACGGUCCUUCUUCGGGCAGACGUGGACCAUAUGCCGACGAUUCCGAGGACGUGGUGAAGGGUACCAUACCCGCGAAGACGCUGCUUUCGGUGCUCAAGAACAGGGCAUCUGAUAAAUCUGUUGAGAAGUGCGAGCUUUCAAUUGUAGAAGGCAACCCGCACGCGGACGAGGACGGAGAUAGCCUUGAAAGCAGGCUGAUAGUCAGGCUUCUCUGCAACUAUGGCGUCGUGAAGACACAUCGGCUCACGCUCAACGAUAUUGAGUCUCUGCUCGCCCCUGGGAUCUCUGAAGAGCCCAACGAGUCGCGUCUCACCAUCGGGCCCAAAGCUUUGAAGGAUCUGAUAGACCAGUUCCCGUCAAGCAAGAAUGCCAAGUCUGACCCGCAGCUAUCCUGGACCUUCGGAGACACACGGGUGCAAGUGAAGAGUCAUGAAACAUCCAUGGAGACUCGGGGUGCACCUUUGUCCACUGAAUUAUCUAUCGAUUCGGAAGAGUUCGACAACUACGAUAUCUUCGUUGCCCCCGUGUCUAUCGCGUUUCACCUACGCGAGUUCAGCGCGACGAUCGCAUACGCAGAAUCCAUGUCCAUUGCGUUGGAUCUGCACUUCACCGAGCCCGCUGCGCCACUCUUCAUUGACGCCGAAUGCGACACAUUCCCCGUUGAGAGCCUGUUUGUGAUAUCGACCAGUCAUUUCCCUGGGGGCGCCUCUCCGGCGUCGCAGUCACAGUCAUCUGCAUCCAGUUCUCGCAAGCGCCCACGAGAGGCAGAGUCUACCGCCGGGCGCGCGCCUGAACGGCGCCGGCCACAGAAAGUUGUCGAGCGCACGGACCCCGCUUCGCUCGCGCGUCAAAUGCGUGAUAAGCAGUCGAUGCCCCCACCGUCAAUCCCAUUCAUUCGCGCGAACGGCGACUCCCAGCCUCCGCCGCAGCGGGAACCGCUCUUCCUACCUUCCUCUCAAUUAUCUCAGGCCGAUGAACAGGCGCUCCGUGAUUCAGGUCUGGGAGAUAUGAACGCCGACGAGUUCAACGCUAUGUUCGACGAUGACGGCAUGGAGGUUGGCGGUGGAUAUGCAGACGAAGACUUCAUGAUGCCUGUGCCGAGCUUUGGCGUGCAAGCGAAUGGUCGGGCGAAUGGGGAUAGCUUCGAGUUGGUAGAUGAACUUGGUCCCACUCAAGACGACGUCUCUCAGAACUCUGCCAAUCGGACUUUCCAACCGCUAUUCGACGACUAA